UCAUCGGAGGCGAACGAAGGGGGUGAAUCUUCCGCCCUGUUCUCGAAGUUAGGCAGCUCACUUUUUGGGGCUACCAGUUCACCCCAAAAGGUCGUAACCAAUAUCCGUGGAUUCCUCUCCAACCGGUUGACCAGCGUAUCUAUUCCCGAUACAGGAUGGAAAGAUUCGAUCCUGUCAUUACCGAAAAAAUGGAUGUCGACAACGGAAGCGACCGACGAAUUCGGUUUCCCGGAGAUGCUUCCGAAGGUGCCGGUGCCUACACUAGAUCAAACAAUGACGGAAUAUCUUCGGGUGCUACAACCGAUUGUAACGCCCCAGCAAUUGGAACGCACGCGGGCGAUAAUUAAACAGUUCACCGCACCAAAUGGGCUUGGGAUGACGCUGCAGCAGUACCUGCUGGACAAGCAGGAAGCCGAGGAUAACUGGGCCUACUACUAUUGGUUGAACGAUAUGUACAUGGACAACCCGUUGCCACUGCCAAUCAACUCCAAUCCUGGCAUGGUACUACCACCGCGGAAGUUCACCACCGUAAACGACGUUGCACGGUUUGCGGCCCGGUUGAUCGACAAUCUGAUGAUUCAUAAGGAGAUGCUCGAUAGCGGUGGUCUUGUUCAGGAACGUGCUACUUCCCGUGAAAAAGGUCAACCAUUGUGUAUGGCUCAGUAUUACCGACUUCUAGGAUCCUGCAGGCGACCAGGAGAGCAACGUGACAGUCAGUAUUUGCCGGAGAAAAGAUCCGACGAGCACGUUAUCAUUUUCUGUAGAAACCAGCUGUACUGUCUCCCUGUGAAAGCAGGCGAUCGUGGACGGCUUACGGAGGAUGAAAUCGUAUCCCAGCUGUUGUACAUACUGGACGAUGCUCCGUGCCUCGCUCGCAAACCACCUCGCAUCGGUAUACUAACUGCAGAGCCACGUCCGAAAUGGGCUCGCGAUCGCCAAAUGCUUCUGCUGGAGGAACAAAACGCCCGCAACAUCGAACUAAUCGAACAAGCGCUCGUCCAGAUCUGCAUCGACGAGCCAAUACCGCUGACGUUCAACGCGCGUGGCUUCAAUGGGUCACCUGCUGGCGCACACUACUGUGGCGGGCGCGACGAAAGCAACAUGGCCCAUGAAAUGAUCCAUGGUGGUGGAAGCGAGUAUAACUCCAGCAAUCGCUGGUUUGACAAGACGAUGCAGCUCAUCAUUUGUAAUGACGGAAGCUGGGGCUUAUGCUACGAACAUUCUCCUUCCGAGGGUAUUGCCGUAGUACAACUGCUGGAGGGGAUACUGAAGAAGAUCGACGAAGCACCUAACCGGGAGGAGAAUGGUUCGCAAGACCACUUGCCUCCACCGGAACGGCUUGAGUGGAUCAUUCGACCGGAAAUUGAGCAGAGAAUCAGGGAGGCAUCGAGAACUGUUGAUAAAAAUAUUGAGAACCUUGACUUCUACGUCUAUCGGUAUAAACCGUUCGGUAAAAACUUCAUCAAAGCUUGCCAAGUUAGUCCGGAUGCGUUCAUCCAGCUGGCGCUGCAAUUAGCGUAUUACAAACUAUACGGUCAUUUGGUUAGCACUUACGAAAGUGCUUCAACACGAAGAUUUUUGCUGGGACGUGUGGACUGCAUUCGUUCUGCCAGCAUAGAGGCUCUCGAAUGGGCAAAGGCUAUGUGUCAAGGGGAAGGCGCAAACGUGACACUCGAGAGCGACAAGGAAGAAGACUAUAGCUGCGAGGGGAACGAUGCGAAAAAAGUAACUUUCAGUAUUUACAGUAGAGACCAUUUGAGGGAAUUGUUUCGCUGUGCUGCUGCGCGCCAAACGGAGGUUAUGGUUCAAAACAUUCUAGGGCACGGUAUAGACAUUCAUCUGCUGGGUCUUCGGGAGGCCAGCAAAGAGAAAAAUGGCACUCUCCAUGAGUUGUUCACAGAUGAAACUUACAAGAUUGCUAACUGUUUUCUUCUCUCGACCAGCCAGGUCGCCUGCUCAACAAACAGCUUUAUGGGUUACGGUCCAGUGACUCCUCACGGCUACGGAGCCUCAUACAAUCCGCACCCGAAUGAGAUAAUCUUCUGUAUUUCGGCGUUCUUCUCAUCGGACAAAACGAGCGCCUCUCGAUUCGCUCGGUCGUUGCAGGACUCGCUCGACGCGAUGCGAGAUCUGUUGUCUUAA